AUGGCAACCCGUUCCCGGACGGCCUCUCGAGCCCAAUCCCCUUUCGAUUCGGGACACCUGGAACCCCAGCUUCCGCCAACCUCCUCUGUCAAAUAUGGCAAAGUCUCCCUCAAACAAGUCACCCGACUCCUCCUUGGCCUACUUGGCCAAGUUGAGUGCCUCGAGCAAGAAAUCGCUGAGAUCAAGGAAGCAGGGAUUGAGACCCGGACAAACGUCGAAAAUAUCUCACAAACCAUCGAUGUUGUCAAGGAUGGUCUCAAGUCCCUCCAGCUCCAAGGCCCCCGCACCCCAGAAGGGAACCAACCCAAGGCAGUGGAAGAAACGCCACGCCCCAUACCAAAAACCAAGCCUAUUGGAUUGGUUGCUAGGGGACCCUUCUGGUCAGAACCAACUAGGGAAAUCCCAGGCCUUGCCCAGCCUACCCCAAGAAGAGCCGCACCCCCGCGAGUCCCGUCUCCCCCUCCAUCUCCGCGUCUCCAAUCCCCCAUCGGAGCACCUGCCCCUCCUCCACCGGCUCCAGUCGCCGCAUAUCCUGCCCCGGUCAAAGUAGAUCACCCAGAUGCCUAUACAGGCAAGAUCGGGAGUGAAGCCAAACAGUGGCUCACAAGGAUGUUGGCCUGGACCCGGCUAAACUCGCGCAUGUUUCCCACAGACCAAGAAGUCCUCUCCUUCCUGCUAAUGAACAUGAAGGAUUCCGCGGGAGCAUGGGCCCACCCUCACCUCGACCAGCUCGGGUCACACCGGGCAAUCAUCCAAACGGUUGAAGGGUUUAAAACGGAGUUCUUGGCAGCAUUUGGCGACCCUGACGCCACAAGGGCCGCCGAGCGGAAGAUUACCUCCCUUACCCAAUCCGGCACAUGCGCGGAUUAUAUUACAAAGUUCAGGACCCUAGCCAUGGAACUGGACUGGAACGACGCGGCCCUUAGAGGCCAGUUUGCCCGUGGCCUCCACUGGGAGGUCAGCCGCCAGAUUGCAACCCGCGAACACCGGCCCCGUACACUUCUCGAGCUGCAGAACGCAGCACUCGUCAUUGACAACGCUCUCCGCAAAGAGCGUGCUAGCCAUCCACCAAGGGAUAGUAAGCCUAGCAGACCAUCCAACCCCGCAAGGGGGACGAGUACCGGCCAAGCCACGACCGGUUCAAAGAAACUCUCCAACAAUCCCAACUUUGUGUCGGAAGAGGAACAAAACCGCCGCCGCGCCGCAGGCGCCUGCAUCAAGUGCGGUAAAAUGGGCCACAAGUUUGCGGAAUGCCGCACGGGCUGGAAAGCCACCCCUAUUGAGGACAAGGGGAAGGCUAAGGAAACCGCCAAGAUUGGCGACAACUCCGAGUACCAAUCGGGAAAAGAAAACGCCCCACUUUUUACAAUCCCAAUUCAACCAGAGAAAAAAGCGGAAACAUUAGAAGUCCUGAUUGAUUCAGGCGCCACAUCCUCAUUCCUCCACCCACGCACCGCCAAGACACUACGUCUUCCUCUAAUAGAUCUCCCUCACCCCCGUACCGUUACUAUGCUUGAUGGGUCGAGCCCCCAGUCAGGCAAAAUCUGGAAGAAGGCCAAUCUAACCUUCUCCUUUGAUGGCAAGAAAAUGACCAAGACCUUCCUUAUCUGCAAUACAGGGUCUCACGCCGCCAUCUUGGGACUGAAGUGGCUAGACGCCCACAACCCAGAAAUCGAUUGGAACCAACGCACCCUCUCCUUCCCUCAUGCCCCACCAGAACACGUGGCCAUUGCCAAAGAGGAGGAAGCUGACAAGAACCCCCUUGAAGGAGUUCCCCCGAGUACCAUCAAUACGCCAAGGCACUACAAUAUUGGCAUAGAACUCACCAAAGAAGGCCCUCUCAACUCUCCCCUUUAUAGUAUGACAGACGCUGAGUCCGCCACACUCAAGGACUGGCUCAGGGAUGAGUUGAAAGCAGGGAAGAUCCGCCCAAGCAAAUCUUCCAUCAGUUCCCCCGUAAUGUUCGUCCCCAAAAAGGAUGGUUCCCGUCGCUUGGUCGUUGACUACCGUCGCCUCAACAACCAGACAAAGAAAAACGUUUACCCGCUACCCCGUCCAGAUGAUCUUAUGGCCCAACUCCGUGGCGCCAAAAUCUUCACCAAGCUGGACCUGAGAUGGGGAUACAACAAUGUCCGAGUUAAGGAGGGCGAUGAAUGGAAAACUGCGUUCCGCACCAAGUAUGGCUUGUACAAAUCCUUAGUCAUGACAUUUGGCCUCACCAACGCGCCCGCCGCCUUUCAACAUUUUAUGAACGAGUUGUUUAAGGACCUAUUAGAUGUAUGCGUCAUCAUUUACCUCAAUGACAUCCUGAUCUACUCAAAGGAUGACGCAUCACACACACAACACGUUCAUGAGGUCUUACGGCGUCUGAUGGGAAAUCAGCUGUUCUGCAAAGCGUCAAAAUGUACUUUCCAUGUCACCUCUGUGGAGUACCUUGGGAUUAUUGUAUCCGAUAAGGGAUUUAGUCUGGAUAAACUCAAAAUCCAGGCAGUACAAGAAUGGCCGGUGCCCACUAAAGUCAAGGAAGUCCAAUCGUUCCUAGGCUUUGCCAAUUUCCUCCGCCAAUUUGUUGCCAACUUCAGCCACGUGGCUAGGCCACUACACAACCUAGUCAAGAAGGAAACGCCAUGGAAAUGGGAAACCAGGGAACAGGAAGCUUUUCAGGGACUCAAAGACGCUAUCACCAACGCCCCGGUACUCUGCCACGCUGACCCCACCAAGCCUUACUUCCUAGAAACGGAUGCUUCUGGCGCAGCACUAGGGUCCAUAUUGAGUCAACGCCAGGGAGACGGUCGCCUACAUCCCCUAGGGUUCCUAUCAGAAUCAUUCAAAGGCGCUGAACAGAACUAUGAUACGCACGACAAGGAACUACUUGCAAUCAUCCGCUCCUUUGAGUACUGGCGUAUUUUCCUGGAAGGGACCCUACACCCUAUCACCGUGUUCACCAAUCACCGUAAUCUCAAGUACUGGAAAGAGUCACGCACAUUCAACCGUCGUCACGCCAGGUGGCAUCUAUUGUUAGCCGGGUAUAAUUUCCAAAUUGUAUACCGUCCCGGAAAACAGUCCGGCAAACCAGACGCUCUCUCACGACGCUCAGACCAUGCCGACAUUCCACCAGAUGCCCAAACUAUGCUCCCAGACCCUGUCUUUGCCAACGUUGCGCUAGUAUUGCCAGAAAAAGAAUUACAACAACAGAUUGAGCAAUCCCUGGACCAAGACGAAUCAUUGGAGGAAAUCCUCCAAUUCCUCCAGAACAAGUCAAAGGCACCACCUUCCAUCAAACGAGCAUUCAAGGAUUACGAAAUGGAAGCCGGGUUGUUAUUCUACCAAGGACGUAUUGUAGUACCAGAUGUAGGCACCCUAAGGACGGACUUGCUACAAAUAUUCCACAAUAGCCCCUUGGCUGGACAUCCUGGUAGACAACGAACCCUGGAAUUAGUCUCGCGUAAUUACUACUGGCCUGGCAUCCGCGCCGACACAUAUUGGCAUGUGGACUCCUGCAAAACAUGUCAACGGAUCAGGAAGCCCAAAUAUGCGUCUAUCCCACCUCAGCCAUUAGAACUUCCGACUAGACCCUGGCAACACGUUUCUUACAACAUGAUCGUGGACUUACCAAAGGACGGAAACCACAACUCAAUCCUGGUUAUCAUUGAUAGCUUCACCAAAUACGGGAUAUUUGUCAAAUGCUCCAAGAAACUGAAAGCCCCGGAACUAGCGGAAUUGUUCCUAGAACACGUGUGGAAACGGCACGGCAUGCCCAAAAAAACGGUCUCGGAUAGAGGAAGAGUGUUCAACAAUAAGUUCCUGAAGGCGCUGUACAAACGUCUGGGAAUAGAUCCCCACUUUUCCUCGGCGUAUCAUCCCCAGAGCAACGGACAGACGGAACGAGUCAACCCCUCCAUCAAACACUUUCUAAGGGCCUACUCAGGGAUCAACCAACGGGACUGGACAAAGUGGCUGCCAAUGGCAGAAUUUGCUUACAACAACGCCGUGCACAGUAGUACUGGGAAGACCCCCUUCAAGGCCCUAUACGGAUGGGAACCCACAUUAACGCCGUCAAAUGUACCAACAGACGUUCCUGAGGCAGACAACCUUGCCCAAACAAUGGAGGCACAAUGGAAGGAAGUGGAAUUGGCACUCCGGCAAUCUAAGCAACGAAUGACAGCCGGGGAAAAUGGGGGCCCAAUAGAAUUCAAAAUUGGAGAAGAGGCUUGGCUGGACGCCAAAAACGUCAACCUCAAAACCUUGAGUCCCAAACUUACGGAACAACAACUAGGACCAUUCAAGGUUAUUGAGAAGAUCUCCGACCAAGCCUACCGCCUAGAACUUCCCCCAACCAUGCGAAUUCACAACGUCUUCUAUGUGGGGCUCCUAUCAAAGGUCAGAAGAGACAAAAAGCGCGCCUUCAAAAAUCGCCCCCCGCCUGUGACCGUGGAUGGGGAGGAAGAAUAUGAAGUAGAAGGAAUCACCAAUGCCAAGGAACGAGAUGGAAAAUGGUUCUUCCGAGUCAAAUGGAAGGGUUACGGGUCUGAAGAAAACACUUGGGAGCCUCGAGAAAAUCUAAAAAACGCCGAAAAAAUUUUAGAAAAAUACGAAAAAGAAAUGAAAAAGAAGGCCCUCGGCGCUGCCAAGGCCCUUAGAGGGGGGGCAGUGUCGUAG